AUGAACGCCAACCCCCCAGCAGGAAGCGCCCUGGCCCCCGGCGCCACGACCGGCCCCACCACACCCAAGAAGGGCCCCCCCAAGUUCAAGCAGAGGGCGGCUCGUACAUUCAAGAGCAAGGCGCCCAAACCCGGCCAGAAGGGCUUCGGUGACGACAUCCCCGGCAUGGAGGGCCUGGGCACAGACAUCACAGUGGUCUGCCCAUGGGAAGCCUUCGGCGACAUGGAGCUCAGCGACUUGGCCAAAUACGGGAUCAUCUAA